GUCGUGUUUUAACAUUAUUAGCGCUAUUAGGCUGGAACGGGUCAAAACGUGUUACAAAAUCACUUGUGUAAUUAAAAAAGCGACAAAGAAAAGAAAGCUACCUUAGAUCUUUAAAGAAUGUAUUUGUAUUUUCAGCGUUUUUAAGUUGGCCAGAUCUUCUGGUACAGUUCACGAGACAACAAUGUCAUGGGUGUCAGUGGUGCGAACAAGAACAAGACAGACGAGAUGAAUCGUCGCAAUACAAUGUCGUCAAAAAGAAAGUCGUCCAAACCAGUUAUGGAAAAAAGAAGACGCGAGAGAAUAAAUAACAGUUUGAACGAACUGAAAAAUUUGCUUUUAGAAUCAAGGAAAAGAGAUACGGCUUGCUGCUCAAAGUUAGAAAAAGCUGACAUACUAGAAAUGACCGUGCAGUAUUUAAAAUCCAUCCGAAUGCAACAAGUAAAAGCAUCAAGCAUAACAGAUCCUGUUGCUUUGGCUCAUUACAGAGCAGGUUUCAAUCACAGCGCUAUGGAAAUCAACAAAUAUCUUAUGGAUACACCUGAUUUACAACUUAAAGUCCGUAAUAGACUUCUUACACAUCUCUCAAACACUUGUCAUGCUGUAUUCAGUAACCAUCAAACUAUUCAACACACAAAACAAUACAAUCUACCAAUGUACCAAAUGCCUGCAACAGUUAUCACCAAUGAACCUUCGUCUUCAAAAGAAAUAUUUUUCAAUUCAUCAACAACUUCGACAAUUCUAAAUGAACCACACACGUCAUUAUAUAGUCAUAUACCUCAAUCAAGUGAAUUGGUAAAUGAUAAACUCUCAAUACAACCCACUUCUCAUGCAUUCAAUCCUUUUAAACAAUCAAAGUUAACAUCUCUAGGGCAAUUUAAAAAAGAAGCAGGAUUUUCAACUGCUACAAUAACAUAUAGUAAUAAAGCUAAGCCAAAACAUUGCAAUCAUACAUCAAAUUCUACCUGGCGACUUGAAAACAUUCAUCGCAACUCUGCUGAAAAUAAUUCAAUAAGUAAUGCAAAUGAAGAGAACACUGUCUGGAGACCAUGGAGCUAACUGUUGUCCAAUAUAGUACUGUCUGGUGGAGGUCAUGGAUUUACCGCUGCCCAAUAGUGCCUUGCAGUCUGUCGAACUAACCGCUGAGUUUGAAAAAAGCAGUUGAAAUUGGGGGCAAUAUUGGUAAUAAGCCAGAUAAAAAUUGUUAAUGUUUUCAAUGAAAAAAAUAAUUACCAAUUAUUUAUUAUAUACUUAGUGAGUAAUGUUUAUAGCGAUUUUUUCUGUACUAGUGCACGAUAUACUCAUUGGUCGACUUCGUUACUUGAAAACUGAAAUACUUAUAAAUUUACGUUUGCUAAAAUUUCACUACAACUUACGCACUUUUUAUCAUAGAUUUUUUGAUAACGGCUAUUUCAUUGUUCUUCAUUAUAAAAAAAAUGUUGGGCAAUAUAACGAUAAAUCAAAAAUGUUACACAAAUAUAUUGUUGAUAGCAACAUAAAACGAAACAAGGAAACAUUUAAUGUAUCUUUCAUAGCAAACAUCAAAUACAUAUUUUAUCUUACUGUCAA